AAGAAAACAGGUGUGGACUAUAGUAUCACCACUACACUUUUGUUAUACAAAAACAUCACUCUUACAGGAUCUGACGCAUUACACUGGGACAGUAAUUUCGCUUUCUGUAAGCGAAUCAGUAAUUCGCAGUGCUGUUCAACAUAUACUGUUUUUUUUUUGUCGCUGUCAACUUGUCACUUGUUGAAUUUCGAUCUUUAUGUACUAAACAACCUGAAUUAAUAUCAGAUUGAGACCUCGUAGGCGUCUACGGUGUUUCGUAUUGGAUUUAUUAUAACGGUUACUCUUUUCCUUCAGUUUUUAAAAAAAUGGCCAGGAUUAUUCGUAAGACUUCUUUAAGAAGCAGAAUUGUAAAUGCUCCCAUUGACUGGGUAAUGCAUCUUGCCGAGAAUAUUGACAGCAUUGAGUGGGAAAAACUCUCUGAAAAAUGGACAAUCCCCUGCGCGAUUGCAUGCAAUUUAGUAUUCAUUCUCAUGCGUAUUUUUGUUCGCAAUAUGAGCUUUAGGCAGCAACGAAGCUCAUUGUUCGUCUCUCAAAAACCUUCUAGGGGCUCUUGGUUCCAGCCAGUGGCAUCCUGCAUUUGCUUUUUAUUAGUACUCAUAAGUAUCAUUAACGCAGGCUACUGUCUGUUUUAUCAAAAAAAGAAGUACACAAUGACCCAACCAAACGCAAUGAGCGCUCCUUCUACACCUAAUGUUUAUCCUGUUUCUAAUCCUGUAUCUCCUGAAGGUGAGAGCAUGUUGCAGCUUGUGACUUGGAAUCCAAGUUCAUUCCAUUUGCAAUUUGCCUGUCUUUUUUCUCCCAUCCAUGUACUUUGUCUAUGGAUAUAUUCAACAUCCUUUUUGGUUCUGUUAUUGACCUUUGGUUUCUCACUACAGUUGUACUAUCUUGGGCGUAAAUUUCAAUUAUUAAUUAAAGACCAGCAUUACCUGCAUCGUCAAGUCUUCUAUGAAUAUGAUAAGAAAUUUGUUGAACCAAGGCUUUCUGUACGGAAACGCGACGUGGCAGUUAGCACUCGGAGCGGACCAGGUUCUGCGACAAUCGAGUAUUAUUCUCCACGAAAACCCAUUGACAGUUUUCUUGAGCAUCGCAGUGCACCAAUGUCUCCCAUCACUCCUUCUACUUCCUCCGCGUUCCGUAGAAGUGCUAGAGCCCGGCAUUCGUUGGCCACGCCCAUUCGGGCUGACUCUUCCAGUAUUCCCUUCAAACGUUUUCCUCGUCUUAGCGAAGGCCCUCGCGAGCUUUAAUGACAUUCACGAACAAAAACAUGACAUUACUGCUUUGAACAUCAGAAGAAAAAGUAUACCCAUUAAGACAAGGCUUUCUAAAAAUGAUGCUAUAAUCGGGCACAAAGAUGCAACCCUCCCACUUUGCCGAUGGCAUUAACACUAUUAUCAAGUUUGAACUUUCGUAGGAACGUGGUCGGCGGCAGAAUCACAUUGGUUUAUGAUAAUUCCUGACAAACUUUACAGAUAUAGACACUUUUUCAUUUUUUGAUUACAUUGCUAUGGUAUCUUUGUAGGUACAAACCAGGCGCGGCCUGUGCAAGUCAUAAAUUGUAUCCAAAUGCAACAUUACUCUUUAUUUGCUUGUUCCUCCAUGCGUUUGCGAGCACGAAGAAUCGCAUCUUCCUUUCGUUUACGGAACAAGCGUUCACGUUCUUGUUUCGUCGAUGGAAACUUUACCGGCUUGUUGUCAGUGUCAACAAAAGAUUCACUGAGCCGAGCAGUCAAAUUAUACUUUUCAAUGAGACUGGGUUUGGAAUUACCAGUAGAACUUAGAGAGUCGUGGCGAUGCUCUUCCGUCGCCUCUUGAUUUACAGGUGCCUCUGCAAAUAACUGAUUCAACGGCCAUUCUGCGGGAGGCUCGGGAAGCGUCUGACGUGAAAGAAUGUUGUCAAUGGUUUGAUCGGCGCUGUUGGUAUGUUGCAGGUCAUAGGCGAUGGCGGCUGCGGAAACAACGGGGAACAUGGUAUGAAUUCUAAAAACAUUGUCUCUGAAUUCAUGACUCACGGCUGGUGAUCUGAAUGUUGCAGGCGAUUUUGAGUUGCUACUAAAUACCCACUUUAAAGUGAAUGCUGCAACAGUCAACAGUACAAUUGCACCAGCUACCUGUUCGGUUUGCAUAUUUGCUAUGUGUACUAAAAAAUAGAUCUUAAAGUAGAAAGAUUAUCGUUAUGUAAGCACCAACGAACUACUCAAUUGAUUAGAACGAGAAUACGCGUAGAAGUCUGCAAAAAAUGACAAUCGUUAUAAGGACGACGGAAGACACGUGAAUACGGCUGUUU